AUGUCAUAUUUUGCUAGCCCAGAAUUCCUUCGCGUCCUGCUUCUGGGCUUCAUCACUUCGGCCCACAUGACAUGGCGACGCCUCGUCAAUCAGAUCGUUCCUGAGCCUUACCUCGACGAGUUCUUCCACGUGCCACAAGCCCAGGCGUAUUGGCUCGGGAAGUGGUCACAAUGGGAUCCCAAGAUCACCACACCGCCAGGGCUCUACGUCUUCUCAUACGCUGUCAACUCGAUACGAGAUUUCUUCUCGAAAGAAGGACUCAAACCCUCAAUCAACGAAUGGAGAUUCACUAAUGUCCUACUCUUGUACCUAUCGCUGGUGGCAUUGUACGUUCUGGCAGCUGCUGGGAAGAGAAGUACCCAGCAUGAACGCGUUCUUCAGCGGGAGUUCACCAUCAUCUGCUUUCCUUUGAUUUUUUUCUUUUCUGGUAUCUACUAUACCGACCUGUUCAGCAUUUUCACGGUCGUUGUUGCUCAGAUAUUCUGGUCUGCGGGGACGAAUGCAGAAGGACCAAAGAAAUUUCUGUACCAGUUCUUGCAUCUUGUAACUGGGCUGCUGUCUCUUACCGCGAGGCAGACAAAUAUCUUCUGGGUGGCUGUGUAUCUGGGAGGACUUCAGGUCGUUGAGAGUAUCAAAUUGAGGGUUGGUGCACAUGAGGUCCAUGAUCCUCCUAUAUCAGAGUCCUAUUUCGAAGACUUCCCUAUUACCAGCAUUUCUCUGUCCCAGGCUGCCGUGCCUAUGCUCCCACAACUCCUCCUUGACCUGUGGCCGCAACUGUCCCUCCUCGUCUCGUUUGCCGGAUUUGUGGUCUGGAAUGCAGGCGUCGUUCUCGGUGAUAAGGAUAACCACAUUGCCACCAUCCAUCUCCCACAAUUGCUCUACAUAUGGCCAGCCAUUGUCUUCUUCUCUUGGCCUGUCCUGCUACCUUUACUCACCGACUUGUCAGCCUUCCGAAAACGACUGCCGAGAUGGACUACAACAAUCACAUUCAUCGCAAUCAUGCUUGCCGUUGUCAAUCUCAACACUAUCAUCCACCCAUUCACCCUAGCUGACAAUCGACACUACACGUUCUACGUCUUUGCCAUCUUGAGGAAACAUUGGCUUCUCAAGUAUGCCGCCGUGCCGAUCUACUUUGUGUGCGCCUUCCUGGUGCUCAUAGCCCUAGGUGGGUCCCCAGACAUCACAUUGGGCGCACGAAAGGGCAUUCGCAUCCUGCAUGGCGACGACACCGUAUGCGUGAGUUUCACGAUCGUCUGGCUCAUCUCGACAUCUUUGUCCCUUGUCGCCGCCCCGCUGGUUGAACCUCGAUAUUUCCUCAUCCCUUGGCUUACCUGGAGACUUGCCGUGCCUGAUUACAUACCCCUCUCAGAGGAGAAACGGAGGAGAGCAACAUUGGAGAAGAAGGCAGUGGCUAGCGAUCGCUCGCCCACUCCUGGUCCAUCGAUGUUACAAUCAGUUUUGCGGUCUGCAGCUGCGUUUUCUGAGUGGGUGGAGCUGUGCUGGUACUUGUUGGUCAAUUUGGUGACAUGCUACGUGUUCUUAUACAGAGGGUUUGAGUGGGCUCAAGAACCCGGCAACGUCCAAAGAUUCAUGUGGUGA